CCUUACUGUUGCUGACGAUGCUGCCUCAGCGCUUCCUCUCGUCCAGGAACCACGGACGCAGAGGGCCGGCAAGGAGAUUGCCGGUGCCACCUACCAGAAGGUGGUGGAAUACCCCGUCGGCGGGGGAGUGUUUAAUGAUCUCGUCCCCGGCCAUGUCGUCCUGGCCAAGGCCAUGCCGGCCAAAGAUCGGGCUCACUUGAAGAAGCUCGAGGACCCGAAGAUUUACGAGGGCGGCAUGGACCUCCUCGUCCAAAGUGCCUUUAUGCUUAUGGAAAGCCAUAAGAGGCAGUAUUGGGAGAUAGCUCGCUUGAAAGAGCUGGAGCAGAAGGCUGCCUCGGCCGACGAGGCGGUAGCUUGCCUUGAUCGGCUCCGGGAGGAUGCCAAGGCAUUGCAGGCAAGGGCUGAUGAAGCCGCCGCAGCCA